AAUCGGAAUCGGAGUUAGAAAAAUGUCUCAUCACCGUCACCCACGACGACGAACACCAUAAGCUCAUCGUCCUCGAUAACCACCCCCUCUGGCAAUAGACAUUAUGCGCCAGUCAGUCGCACCGAGUCGUAUUUCACAUGCCGCAUCCCUAGCAUCGCAGGCCAAUAAUGCAGCCGCAAUAUCACGUUUGCAGGAGAAAAAGAAAGAGUUCGAGGCUGUUGCUGCGCUAGAACGUGCUAGUGCUCUCUUCCUGAAACGCAUAGAAGGUCAUGCAGAUGACUGCGAGGUCAUGGCUGAUGCUGGCCAAGUACAUGGUCAGGUGCUCGAGCAGUGGCCUCUCAUGUUCCAAACGUGGAGCCUAUUCUUAAAUAGCCGUGAACAGCACCCGGCGGACUCUAGUGAUGACACCGCACGACUUACUGGAGAACGGCUUGUCCGUAUUCCACUCGACGAACUCCAGACUGAUGUGUCGAAGCAGUCCUUACCACGCAUCACCGACGUCGCGUUUAUUCCACUUUCGACAGCGCACACAUACCUGAUGCUUUACACCCGAUUUCGCGUGGCAUCUGCCCCUACCACCCCUGCACUCAGAGACAUCGGAACACGCCCAUCUGCGAUGACCUCGGUAUAGUUGGCAAGGACAGGUUCAUGCGCAAUCCAUGCCAGCGAAUUUUCACUUCACUUGCGGACGGUUAACUCGUACACUCAACGCAGAUCGCUUCCUCCACUUGCAUCCACAUGCCGCGC